CGCCAGUCAAAGCGGAAGUUGCUAUCCUGCUAAAUAUGGUAGCUGAACUUGUGCUCGUACUAGCCUUUAAGCAAGGUAUCCUCCUCUGAAUCCCCGAAAUACAUUAGCCACAGGACAACUUUGUUUGGACGUCGUAAAGGACCAUUAGCCUUAACUGAAUAGAUAUAGCUAGCUACAUACCUACCUCAUUUUCCACGCGGAAAAAAAUACGUUAGCUGGGAUUUUCAACAAGGAAUCUGGGGACAACCCUAAUGGUCGCUUGCUCAGUGGGAGGGUCUUAUCAUCUGGGAAGGCUCCAGGGUUGAAAGUGAUCCAGCGACCUUAUAGCUGUGAUGUAUGUGAGAAGAGUUUCACUCAAUCAGGAAACCUACGAAGACACCAAACGGUACACACAGGAGAGAAACCUUACAGUUGUGAUCAUUGUGGGAAGAGUUUUGCUCAACCAGGAGCCCUGACUAUUCACAAGCAUGUACACACAGGAGGGAAACCUUACAGCUGUGAUCCGUGUGGGAAAAGCUUUUCUCAUCCAGGAGCCCUGACUAUUCACAAGCGUGUACACACAGGAGAGAAAUCUUACAGCUGUGAUCAAUGUGAGAGGAGCUGCAGAGAUGCCACAGCCCUGAAUGAACACAUGCGUACUCACACAGGAGAGAAACCUUUUCACUGCCAUGUCUGUGGAAUUAGUUUUUCUCGACAAAGCAACCUGAAUGUACACAUGCAUACACACACAGGAGAGAAACUCUUCAGCUGUGACCAGUGUGGGAAGAGAUUCGCUCAGUCAGGAAACCUGACGAGUCAUCAGAAAACCCACACAGGCGGAGAGAAAAAAUAGGCGGGUGGAGAGGGAACCCACACAGGAAAGAUACAGGAAGAAUCUACUGUGGCACCCAUGAGGCCCAGCCAGUCUGAUGAUGAUGAUGAUGCUACAGACUGCGAUGAAGAAUGGGACAUGGAAAACAAGGAUCGGUGUCUUAGCAACGGGCUGGAGACGGAGUCAUCUCCAGAGAACCACACCCCAGAGCAGAGGCAGAGGGGUGACAUGUCUCUCCCACCCGCCUCCCCUCUCUCCGAGUCCCCAGGUCCUGCCUCUCCCGCUGGCACAUUACUACUGGGUUUGAAGAGGGUGUCUCUGCGGCUGGUUGACUGCAGGAAAACACUGGGACUGAGUGGAACUACGACAGGAGGAGAAGAGAAGGGAUAUGGAGAUUCAGAUUCGAUGUCAUCAAGUAGGAACAAUGGGGACAACCCUAACGGUCGCUCGCUCAGUGGGAGAGCCUUAUCAUCUGGAAAGGCUCCAGGGUUGAAAGUGAUCCAGCGACCUUAUAGCUGUGAUGUAUGUGAGAAGAGUUUCCCUCAUUUAGGAGAUCUAAAGAGACACCAGAGAAUACACACAGGAGAGAAAUCUUAUAGCUGUGAUCAAUGUGGGAGGAGUUUUGCUCGAACUGAUUACCUGGCUGAACACAAGUUAACACACACUGGAGAGAAGCCUCAUAGUUGUGAUCAAUGUGGAAAGGGCUUCACUCGGCCUAACUGCUUGGCUGCACACAAGCUAACGCACACAGGAGAGAAGCCCUACCUCUGCUCAGACUGUGGGAAGAGCUUCUAUACACCAGCAAAGUUGAAAGAGCACGAGCGAUCACACACAGGAGAGAACCCUUACAGCUGUGAUCAGUGUGGGGAGAGCUUUUCUCAUUCAGGAGCCCUGACUAUUCACAAGCGUGUACACACUGGAGAGAAACCUUACAGCUGUGAUCAAUGUGGGAAGAGCUGCAAAGAUGCCACGGCCCUGAAUGAACACAUGCGUACACACACAGGAGAGAAACCUUUUCCCUGCCAUGUCUGUGGAAUGAGUUUUUCUCGACGAAACACCCAGAAAGUACACAUGCGCAGACACACCGGUGAGAAGCCUUACAGCUGUGACCAGUGUGGGAAGAGAUUCGCUCAUCCAGGUGAUUUGAAAAUACACAUCAGAGUACACACCGGAGAGAAACCGUACAGCUGUGACCAGUGUGGGAAGAGAUUCACUCAGUCAACAAACCUGACUAAGCACAGACGUGUUCACUCCGGAGAGAAACCCUAAAGCUGUGCUCUAAUAUUGUAUGAACUUCACUCAGUCAAUAAACCUGACUCAACCUGACAAAGCACAGAUACGAUUUCUCCGUUCACACCGGAGAGAAACCAUACAGCUGUGAUGUAUGUGCGAUGAACUUUCGCUUAUUUGUAUCUUAUUUCAUGGGCUCAUAUUGUCAAUUAAAUCAUGUAGAAUAUUUUAUAAUUGUUAUAAUAAAAGUUAGUUUUAAUUAUA